AGCAGACAUGGCAACCCAGAGCCUCGUCCGGCAGUUCUGCCACGAAACCACCUGCCCCAUCUGCCUGGAAUAUUUCAAUGACCCGGUGAUUCUGGACUGCGGGCACAACUUCUGCAAAGUCUGCCUCAUCAGGUGCUGGAAAGAAAGCCAAAGACCCCCAACCUGCCCCCAGUGCAGGCAAGUGGUCCAGAGAAGCAGCUUCAGGCCGAACCGGCAGCUGGCAAACCUGGUCGAAAUAGCCAAGAAGUUCACCCACCAGGUGGGGAGAGCCGGUUGCGAGAGACACGGGGAACCCCUGCACCUUUUCUGCAGGCCUUGCGCAGUCCCCAUCUGCAUCGACUGCAAGAGGUCGAAAGAGCACAGCGAACACGAAGUGACUAAUCUGGACCAGGCUUCACGGUGGUUGAAGCAAAAAAUGCAGACCCAGAUGCAGUUUCUGGUGCAAGAGAGACGAGUGAUUAUGGAAUGGAAACUGGCUGAAGAAGAGAGGAUUCAGGCGUAUCCGGGGGAGCUAGAGGUGGAGAAGAACAAGAUCACGGGCGCUUUUGAGCAAAUGCACAGUUUCCUGGAGGAGCUGCAGCGCUUUUGGCUGACCGAGCUGGAGGAUCUGGAGAAAGAGAUGAGGAAGAAAAAGGAAAGAAAUAUCGCCAGGCUUUCACAGGAUCUCGCCGGUCUCAGUAGCCUCAUCACAGACAUGGAGGAGAAGUGCGAACUGCCCGCUGUUGAGUUCCUGCAGGGUAUCGGGACUACGGUGAUGAGGUUUCAGGAGUUGAAAAGAAGGCAGACGCUGCUGGGAAUCUCUCCAGGCAUGGAAGAGAGACUCAUAAGUUACACUCAGAAAAAUUCAGUUCUGAAGGAUACCAUGGAGAAAUGCAAAGGGCUUCUGAUGCAGGCACCGAACAAAGUGAGUAUCACUCUGGAUCCAGGAACAGCACACCCGUUUCUUGUUAUAACCGAGGACCUGAAGAGUUUGAGAAGGAGAAGGGGAAGGCAGGAAGUGCUGGACAACCCUGGGAGAUUCGACAACAUGCUCUACGUGCUGGGCCAUGCAAAAUUCACCUCGGGAAGAUAUUGGUGGGAGGUGGUGGUGGAAGAGGAGGAGGAAAGGGAACGGGCCACUUGGGCCGUAGGGGUUGCAAAAGAGUCUGUCAGGCGCAAAGGCUUUGUCAGCAUGCUUCCUUCUGAGGGGAUCUGGGCCAUUGGGAAGGCGAAGGAUGAGUCAGCCUCAUCUGAUCCCUUCUGGGCUUCAACCCUCCCCGAGCGGACCCCUUUGAGCUUGAGCUAUGAGCCCAGGAAGAUCCGGGUGUCCCUAGACUAUGAUGAGGGCCGUGUGGAAUUCUAUGAUGCCCACACCGACGACUUGAUCUUCAAUUUCCAGCAAGCCUCAUUCUCUGGGGAGAAGGUCCAGCCCUUUUUCCAUGUUUGGUGGGGAGUUGGUCUGAAGUGUUGAGUCCUGAGGACGAUCGUCACCGCUCCCAGCUCUACCACCCCCACCCUGAGAGGAGGUGACAGCCUAGCAUUUCCUCUGCAGUGUUAUGAGUUUGUGGGUGCCAGACACCCUAAAUUUCUGCAUCCAGUAAGUGUUAGAAUUUAAUUUGUGUGUGGUGUGUUAGAACUGGGUGCCGGUCAGUAGGUUUAGCGAGCAUUAAAAUAUAAGCCAGGCCAGCUUCCCCGUGUCAGGAAAGUGCCUGGGAGACGAGCCAUGGCUCCCACACCAUUAUUUUUCCACUUUAUUUUGUGCAACUGAAAAACUUUAAAAUAGUAAUAAUAAAAGAACUACAUGGUGGAAGGAAAAAAAGAAGGAAGGAACGGGCCAUUGAGAAAAGUCAAGGAGAAUGGGAUUCUGGACCAGAUAGCUGUUGCGUGGGGCCCCUCCUCCAACUCUGAGUUAGUUCAGAAAACAAAGCAGAGUUUGGAAGGAGAGUCUUUGGGAUUGGUGGCCUAGGGGGAAGAGGUUGCAGUCUGGUAAAGGCGGCAAGCUGGGGAGAGGGUCAGAGCACGAUGGUUGGUGUUAUUUUGAAUCCUAAGCUGCAGCUA